UACUCAGACAGUGGUGAGAGAGACAUCAAGGAGAGCCCAGAGAGCCCAGAGCAGAGGAGGGGAGAAGGCAGCAUCCUUGGGCUCUGAUCCACUCUGACUCUGAGGGGUGCCUAACAACCGGAUCACUGCAAGCAUCAGAAUCGUGAUGAACAUCAAGGUUGGGAACGUUUCUUAUACGGGAGCCAUCAUUUCCUGGUCGUCCUCGGAGCCCUGCCUGGAGGACUAUUACCAUAUUAUGUAUAGGCCCAAUUGGAACAGCAUCUUCUCUGGCUAUCUUCGCUACAGCUUCCAUCACGAGGAGAAGGUGCCUCGAACAAUCAGCUCCUUGGUGCUGGAACACCUCACCCCUUCCACACUCUACUUCCUGUGCAUCAGCUGCAAGAAGAUUCUCUUUCCCUACAGGCACUACUGCACCAUGUUCCACACCCUGGAUAAGACUCCACUUGCCGCUGGAAGCUCCCUGGUGGACCCCCAGAUCUCGCUCUGGGUGCUGAUGGCCAUUCUGCUGGCCUGCUUCACGGCAGUCUUAGCCUUCAUCUGCCUCCAGUUCUGGUGCAUCCGGUGCCACGAACCUCGAUGGUCUUACAGAGCGGGCCACAUGGAGGAAGCCAAUGGGCUGGUGAGAUGGCCAGAGGAGGCCCCGGGGCUAGGUCAGGGGGAGGAAGGCCUGCAGGGGCUCCCCCUGGUGGAGCUGCCACACAAAAACUCUGGAGAAGAUGCAGAACCAGAAGCUGAAGCUGCAGCAGUGGAAGCCGGCCAGCAUGUCCCCGAUGCGGGUGCCUUGCAGAGGGAGGGAGGUGGUCAGGCUGCAUUGCCUCGUUUUGGGUAG